UUCAACUGUAGGUACAAGUUUUAAUAUACGAAUACUAGAAUUGGAACAAUUUACAAUGUCGUCUUUCAGAAAUGCUAUUAAAUCAAGACAAAAGUUACACAAGGAAAGACACCAGCCAGCAAGUCGUAACCAUCUUGGAAUCUUAGAAAAAAAGAAGGACUAUAAAGCUAGAGCAAGAGACUAUCAAAAGAAACAAAAUGCCCUGAAAGUGUUAAGAAAGAAAGCUCUUAAUAAGAAUCCUGAUGAAUUUUAUUUUCACAUGAUCAAUUCCCAAAUAGAGGAUGGAGUUCACUUUGAAAAGGAAAAGCCCACUGAAUUCACAGAAGAACAACUAAAGCUCAUGCAGACUCAAGAUUUAAGUUACAUCACCAUUAAAAGAAGUGCAGAGACUAAAAAAAUUGAACGACUCAAAGCCACCCUACACGUGCUUGAUUCUGAAGAACGACCCCAAAACAAACAUACUUUUUUUGUAGAUACCAAACAUGAAGCUAAGAAAUUUGAUGUGGCUUGCCACCUAGGGACUCACCCAGCUCUUUUGGACCGUGCCUACAACAGACCAAAGCUUGACACUUUAAAAAAAACUGUCUUAUCACUUGAUGAAGAAAGCUUAACUCAUAUAGCUAAAGAGAAGAGAAAGCAAUAUGAAGAACUAGACCAACGUAUUCAACGAGAGAGAGAGUUAACUGUCCUUACCCAGAAGAUGGAGACUAAAAAGAAAUUAAUGAAUUCUAAGGAUAAACCAAUCAAGAAGAUCAAAGAUGGCACUAAAGACUCUGCACCCAUCUAUUUAUGGAAGAAAGAACGUAAAAGAUAAAUGUGGUUUAGACACUGUACACCUGCAUUGUGCUUGUUAAAUAUAGUUUGUAUGAAAGUUGUUUUAUAACAAAUAAAUAUGUUGUUUUCUUCUGGA